UAUAGUUCGUGUCAUCCACGAUGACGCGCAGAUUUCUCAAAUCUAACCCUUAAUAACAUAUUAAUAUGAGUCAAGGCGCGCGUCUUCGUGAAUGACACGAUCUAUAGGAUAGUCGUUAAGGUAUAAUUUUACUGUGACAACAUUAGCUUGUCCCAUUAAUACCGCGGUAGUUGGGAAAAUAACAUUUGUCCUGCUGGCAACACGGUAGUUCUAGCAAGUGGGGGACACGGAGAAAGUCGGACAGGCUCGUUCACUUGGUUGAGGCCGCGGUACCUAUUUAGAUAGUCCAUAGCCUGCUGGAUUUAAAUUUUUUACACAAUUAAAUAGUCACUAGUGUCAGAAUAGUGAAUAAAUAAAUCAGGCCUUUUAUUAAGACUUCAGGAUAACAUCUGUUAGACAAAAUGAAGAUCAUGCAAAAGUUAUUGAAGGAUGACAAAGACACAUUUUUAGUUCAUACGACUGCCCUCAUGAACGAAAGGAAUCCGAUCGUGGACCGUAUAAUGGAUGGCGACUCUGUGGACACAGUCAUCAUGGCAAACAAAGAAGGUUCUCCAAUCCUAACAAACAUGAACCUCUCGAUCUCCACGCGGUACGCCACGAGCAUGCAGCGUCUAGGCACCAUGGUGCACCACUUGAUAAUGGAGCUGGACCCGUUCGACGAGCCACUAGUUUUCCGUCUAAAGAGCAGCAAAGAAGAAGUGAUGGUGGCACCGCACCGGGAGUUCAGCAUCAUCGUCGUUCAGAGAGAGAAGGCCAAUAAGAAACCCGCACCGAAGGUGAAGAAAUAAGCGAUUUGAGGGUGCAGUCCCCAGGAGAAUUGCGUCAUAUCGAAGCAAAGUUAGCAAUGUAUCUAUCCACCUGCGGAUAGAUAGAAUACUCUUUAUUGCAUACCUCAGUAGAGGACACAGAUUAAGGAAAACAA